GUAUCAGCCUUGGCCAUCAUUUGGCUCCGCGCGCAGUGAUAUCAGCUCAUUCGUUGUUUUGCUUCGCUGAAGUCAACGUCGAUAGAAAACACAGCCUUCGCUUUGGUCUUCUGAUGAAACAUGGAGAAGGAGGACGGGGUCCCGGCGGUUAAACGGAGCAGCUCGGAGCAGAGGAAGCUCCGCUCUCGUGACGCCGCCAGAUGUCGCCGCAGUCAGGAAACCGAGGUGUUCUACGAGCUCGCCCGCACCCUGCCGCUGCCGCGCCGAGUCUGCACUCACCUGGACAAAGCUGGCAUCAUGAGGGUGACCCUCAGCUUCCUGCGGAUGCAGCAGCUCCUGCGACCUGAAGAAAGCGAAAAAGAGGAGGAGACAGAUGAAGAUCCGAUGGACGCCUUCUUUCCUCAGGCGCUGGCGGGCUUCAUCAUGGUGAUGACCGAGGAGGGGGACAUGGUCUUUCUGACGGAAAACGUCAACAAGCACAUCGGCAUCACUCAGCUGGAGCUGCUGGGUCAGAGCAUUUAUGACUUUGUUCAUCCCUGCGACCAGGAGGAGCUCCGGGACCUCCUGACUCCCCGUCCAGGUCUGAGUAAGAAACUGAUGGCAGAACAACCGAGCGAGAGAAACUUCUUCCUGCGAAUGAAGAGCACCCUGACCAGCAGGGGGCGUACUGUCAACAUCAAAUCUGCCACCUGGAAGGUCCUCCACUGCACAGGCCACAUCCGUCCAUUCGGUGGCAGCUCAACAUCGCCCCCUACAGCCAGAGUGAUGACGCUGCUGUGCGAGCCCAUCCCGCACCCGUCCAGCGUGGAGUUCCCUCUGGACACCUGUACCUUCCUCACUCGUCACACCAUGGACCUGCGUUUCACUCACUGCGAGGGCAGGGUCACACAGUUAGUGGGAUACAAUCCUGAGGACCUGAUUGGACGCUCAGCUUACGAGUUUUAUCACGCACUCGACUGCGAUCGCAUCAAGAAGAGCCUGCACACCUUGCUCUCUAAAGGUCAGGUGAACACCAGCCGCUACCGUUUCCUGGCCAACAAUGGUGGCUUUGUGUGGGCGGAGACUCAGGCGACCGUCCUCUACAACAACAAAACGUCGCAGCCCGAAGCCAUCGUCUGCCUCAACUUCAUCCUCAGUGCUGUGGAGCAGCCAGAUGUGGUUUUCUCCAUGGAGCAGACCCGCGGCGGCCUCCUAAUGAAAACCGAACCGCUCUCCCCGGAGCACUCUGCGGAGGACAGCGGGAUAUCGGACACCUGCGAGUCGGACACGGAGCCCGGGGGAGAGAGGGACCCCAGCAGCCCGGGGAGGCUCUUCCUGAAGCUGAAGGAGAAGCCGGAGGAGCUGCUGCAGCUGGAGAACGAGGCAGGAGAUGCUGUGGUGCCGCUGACUGGAGGUUUGGUGGAGCUGUCGUUCGCCAGUCCUCCGGGUCCAAACCUGGUUCCGGAGCAUCCUAAAGACCUGUGCAGCCCUCAGCUGAGGCAGCUGCUGUCCCCCAUUUUCGACGGUCUGAACCCAUCCUCAUCUCCGCCCUCUUCUGAACCAGACCUGAGUCCCUGUGAGGAGGAGGUGAUGGACACCAGCGAGGUGGAAAAGUUCUUCACCACCUGCCCGGAGGAAACUCAGAAGAAGAAACAAGCUAUAGAGGACAUCGAAGGAAAGGAGCUGGAGAUGUACGCGCCUUACAUCUCCAUGGACGACGACUUCCAGCUGACCUUCCUCAGCGAUUUACCCGAUAAAGCCGACCAAUCCUCUUCGCUGUUGUUUGAAGGCUCCAAUGGGCUUCCUGCUGUGACCGUUAGCAGGAAGAGGUCUCACGACUUGGACAAGGAGACGCCGCCUCAGCUGAGGAUCCAAGACAAGAGACAGAAACAAGAUCUGCCCUCCAUAGAAGAGGAGCUUCUCCUCAGCCACAGGCUGCUGGGUUCCUUGGAAGACACCGACCAGCCGGAUCUGAUUCUGGACUCCGGCCGCAGUCAGCUGCUCACAGACAGGGACCCGGUUUUGGGAGGCGCGCCUGAGCUGUGUGACACCGCAGCUCUGAUGAGGGACAUCUUCAUUCCCCGUCCCGCCGACCUCUCGGCGCCACUCUCUCCGAUGACCUGAAGCCUCUCCGGAGUCGGCUCGAUCUCCGCCACCGAAGCAGGGGAGAGGUCAAAGCCGAGUCCGCCUGCAGACAACAACACAGCAACUUAAGCGCACAACAUCAAAAACAAACCACAAAUCUGAACGCACAAGAUCCUCGCCUCGCACGUGCUGCUGACCAUGCUGUAGGGGUGGAGCCGGCCUCGUUGCUUCUAGCGCGACCGGGGUCGCUCCAGAAUGUUGGGUUAUCUCGUCAGACUCGCUGUGAACCCGUCGCCACACAUGGGUGAUGAAAUGUGAGAAAAUCUGCCGGUUUCCUGGGAAACGCCAGGUGGUGCUAACUUCCUCCACCUGGGACGAAGGUUGAGCAGCGAGGGAACAUGUAUUUCUUAGUGCAGCUAUAUCAAUUGUUUCAUGUUUUUAAUUGUUUCUGUUUUAAAAAUGAAAAUCUAAAAAAAAAAAAAAAACUCUAGUUUCAUAUAUGAAACAUUUUCACAAUAAUUGCUUCUGGUUGUUUUCCUGAUUACACCAAAAACCUUUAAGAAAAAAAGCGAAUAUCAGUGGCAGUGCUGAUCUCAGUGGCAUCUUUUUAUGACUUUUUAUACUUUUAUUUUUUUUUAACAAUGCAUUAACUUUAGUUUGAGUUAAAUGUGAAAUCCAAACCCUGAGUUACCAGCCUCCUGUAAAAAUCACUCUGGUGGCGUUUGUUUUGAUUUUCCGGACGUGCCAGCAGAGCGGGGUUCAUCCGACACUCCCUAUAAGCUAAUGCGAAGCGAUCAAUCACAGAAUGGUUGUAGUAAUUAACUCCCAGACUUCCCAGUGACUGAACCGCCUCCUCAGAGGAGCCCCAAACUGGAAAACUGCAGAUUUGAUCCAGUUUUUAAAGGAAACGAUGUACUUUACUAAUCCGCUUUACUGAAGCCAUUAUUAGCUAAGCAAAAGUAGUGUUAGCAUGUUUUUAUGCUUGUUAGAAAUGUGAUUAAACACUAGUGUUUUCCUUUUUUUUUUUUUUAAAGCUUGAUUUGAUGAAUUGUAACAAAUUAUACCUCAAAUCGCUGAACUGAAUGUUGGCUCGUCUCUCAGUUGCAGUGUGUUUUAAUGAACUAACGCCAUAAAACCAUGUGAAACAUGUUUAAGCAGGUCGUUUCAGGAGUGCGCAACACAAACCAAACUCUGAAU